AUGUAUCCACUUGGUCAGUUGUUGUCGACAUCUUGACAGAGAGCUUGCCGUGCGUCGCAGCACGCUGCUUAUAUUUCUUUUAUAUUUCCAACAUCCUAUGCCGAUAUGUAAAACACGUUCACUGAACCACGACCAUUUGCAUAGUUAAUUUUUCUUUGAUUUUACGCACACACUACGUAGCCAUGCUUGGGCUCGGUGUCUUUCUGCUGCUUGCUCAAUCCGCAUUCGGAGCCAUUCGCCAGUCGGCGACGGUCAACAAUCCGCCUUAUCUGGCCACCCAUGAUAGCAGCUUCGUGCCGGAUAAGAUUCUGAGGGUAACCGCUAAAAAUGUCAGUUUGGACUGCACUACCCGCUAUUCGGUCAUCAUCAACGGCAGUAUACCGGGACCGGAACUGCGGUUUGUGGAAGGGCAGCACGUGUGGAUUCGGGUGUACAACGAUAUGGAGGACACUAACGUGACCAUCCACUGGCAUGGUCUCAGCAUGCGAAUGUCACCGUUCUCCGACGGCACGCCCAUGGUCAGCCAGUGGCCCAUUCCCCCGAUGCACUUCUUCGACUACGAAUUCCAGCUGCAGAAAGGCGAUGCCGGCACCUACUUCUACCACUCCCACGUCGGCUUCCAGGCUGUCACCGCCGGUGGCGCCCUCAUCGUCGACGAGGCACCCGGCACACCCCGGCCCUAUGAAUACGACGAAGACCGCAUCGUCAUGAUCAGCGACAUCCACCACAAAACCGACGCCGUGGUGGAAGCCCAGCUAACCGGUAUGCCUUUUAUGUGGCCCGGCAACCCCGACAACGUGGCGGUGAACGGCAAAUCCCGGUUCAUCAACGCCACCAGUUCCCAAGCCGGCCCCUCGUGUGAACUGGCCGUGAUCAACCUGGACCCGGGGAAGACGUACCGCUUCCGCUUUAUCGGGGCACUGGCCGUGUCGUUCAUCUACCUGAAUCUGGAAGCCCACAACAUGGUGAUUAUUGAGGUGGACGGACGGUACGUGAUGCCGUACGUCCCCGACCAUCUGGAGGUCAGUUCCGGGCAGCGCUACAGUGCCCUCGUUUUUGCCAAGACCCAGGCGGAGUUGACCGGUGCCGACGGGUCCAUCAAGAACCGCUACUGGAUGCAGUUGGAGACCCACCCCCAGGACGACGCUGACAACGUCCUGUACGCCAUUAUCAAAUACAACGCCGGUUCUUCCGGUCCCGUUGACACGUUCACGCUGCCGGCCGCCCCGGUGCUGCCGCUCCCCAAGGAAACGUUCGCGGACGGAUGGAUUGAGGACCGCCUGCAGCCGUUGAACCCGGAUCCGGAUAACCCGUGGAUCAAGAUGGAGGACAUCACCCGCCGCAUCUAUGUCAACUUAACUCUGCAGAUCAACCCGGCCACCGGGCACGCGCAGUUCAUCCAGGACGGCGCGCCGUGGUUUGAGAACACCCCGCAAGAGCCGUACCUCGUAUCGCUGUAUAAGAAUAACACCAAGUACUUCCCGGAUUACAACCGGGCGCUGGCUAACGGCGGCUUCGACCCGGUGACGACGACCUUCCCGGCCAAGAUCGGUGAGGUCCUGGAGAUUGUCUGGUACCUGGUGGGUGACAAUCUGAUGGGCUCCGUGGAAACGCAUCCCUGGCAUUCCCAUGGCGACCACUACUGGGACGCCGGUACCGGCAACGGGACCUACGAUCCUGUGGCCAAUGAAGCGAAACUGACAGCUCGUCAUGGACGCAUCAUUACACGGGAUACCUCUAAUACCUACCGUCCAAAUGACCGUCCCUUCUUGAAGGGGGGUCCCGGGUUCACUUACAGCUGGCGGUCGUUCCGUAUCCGUGUGAAGAACCCCGGUGUGUGGAUGAUGCAUUGCCACAUGUUGCAGCACAUGGUCAUGGGCAUGCAGACCGUGUGGGUGUUUGGGGAUGCUAAGGAUGUUACACCGGUAUCGCAGCAUCUGCUGGAUCAAGGGUACCUGGUGUACGGUGGAACGGCGUACGGGAAUGCUACGUACGCUCCCCGCGUGCUGCAUUAUUUUGCCGAUGAAGUGGACAAAUAGAUUUUUGUAUGAUCUUGUGCAUGCUUUAUAAACCUAAAUUAUUAUGGUUACUUUUUUUGUUUCGUACGAGCAGCUGCGCUAAAAAAGAUUGUAAUUUCAGAAAUAUGUUGCUUCGAACAAUGAAAAUGACUGGCGUCCUGA